AUGCAUCGUCUUUCUGGAUUCUUGAGAAUCGUGCUGCUACUGGUCACGCUCGUCACCUUAUGCCACGCUCGCCAACAAUGCCGCUUGGUCUCGAAACUAGACGUUCAGCCCGAGGGUAGUGAUCCUCAGGCUCCGCUUUCCGCCAGUCCCAAGUCGUCCUCGCAGACUGUUUCUCAAACGGCUUCUGCGUCCGCUACACCAUCUAUCACGCCUUUCAACUAUGGUAAAGACACGAUCCGGGGAGUUAACCUCGGUGGAUGGUUUGUCUUGGAGCCAUGGAUUACCCCAAGCAUAUUCGAGAACACGAACAACUCAGAUAUUAUAGACGAAUAUACGUUCGGACAAAUGCUAGACGCGGAUUACGCCCUAGAUGUCCUGCAGAACCAUUGGGAUACAUGGAUUACCGAGGACGAUUUUGCUGCAAUUGCGGCAGCGGGGUUGAAUCAUGUACGCAUGCAGAUUGGCUACUGGUCGAUCCCGAUUACCUCUGCCGAUACAAAUUAUACAACGUCGGUGACCCCGUACAUCGCCGGCGCAUGGCCAUACCUGCUCCGCGCGCUCGGUUGGGCCAAGAAGCAUGGCGUCCAUGUUAUCCUCGACCUGCACGGCGCUCCAGGCUCGCAGAACGGCUACGACAACUCAGGGCAGCGAGGCUCGGCGGACUGGGCACAGGGAGACAACGUCGCACGCACUGUGGACAUCGUGCGGUUCGUCGCAGACCAGAUUGGAGGGAUGAUCGAUGUCCUCGAGCUGCUCAACGAACCCGGUGGCUGGCAGAGCGACAUAGCGGAUGUAAUUGGCCAAUAUUGGCAGGACGGAUACAACGCCGUCCGGAAUGCCACCGGGACCUCGCUGAAGGUCAUGAUCGGAGAUGCUUUUCUCGGCGUUGAUAACUGGGACGGAUUCUUGACUUAUCCUGAUGCGCAAGGGGUGCUCAUGGAUUUCCAUGAGUACCAGAUCUUCAAUUACGACCAGCUCGAAAUGUCCCAGGACGAGCACAUCAACUACUCCUGUCAGGUACUCCAGACCCUGAGUAAUUAUGCCAAAUCGAACCUGUACACAGUGAGCGGGGAAUGGUCGAACGCUAUUACCGACUGUGCCAAGUGGCUCAAUGGCCGAGGGGUCGGUGCCCGGUGGGAUGGCACCUGGCAGAGCAACCAACCUACUUUUGGAAGCUGCGACGGAUACACAGGCAAUAUGUCCACUUUCAGCGACGACUACAAGAAGUUCCUGCGGAAAUACUUCGAGUCUCAAGUCGCAAUCGGCGAGGCUAUUCAGGGUUGGAUAUUCUGGACUUGGAAGGCCGAGAAUGCGGACGACUGGAGCUAUCAAAAGGGGUUGGAAGGCGGCUGGAUCCCCCAAGACCCGACGGAUAGGCUGUACCCGGACAUUUGUUCGAAUUCUACUUCGUGA